GGGAAACACCCAGUUGUUGCAGGGGAGGCAUAUUUCUGAGCUCAUAAAAGUGAAACCAACCAUGUUACACUGUCAAGAGAGAGCCAUGGCUUCAGAGAACCUCAUGGGAAGUCUCCAGUAUGAAGCUACUUGUCCCAUCUGUCUGGGGGAUUUUAAAGACCCAGUGAUUAUAGACUGCGGACACAAUUUUUGUCGAGCCUGCAUUGUCCAGUGCUGGGAGGGAUCCGGUACAGCUGCUUCCUGCCCCCAGUGCAGAGAAACUGUGCAACAGAGAAACCUCAGGCCGAACAGGCAGUUGGCAAAUGUCCUAAAAAUAGUCAAACAACUGAAUUUACAGGUAAUGAAGGAUGCAGGAGGGGAGAGAAUGUGUGUGGAACACCAGGAGCCUCUCAAACUGUUCUGUGAAGAGGAUCAAACCCCCAUCUGUUUGGUGUGUGACAGAUCCCGGACACACAAAGCUCACACUGUGGUUCCCAUAGAGGAGGCUGCCCAGGAGUACAAGGAAGAGAUCCAGGCCCAUUUGAAGACACUAAGGAAAGAGAGAGAAAAGCUCCUGGGAUUUAAAGUGACUGGAGAGGAGAAAUUCCAGGAGUAUUUGAUACAGACGCAAACCGAGAGGCAAAAGCUUGUGUCUGAAUUUCAGCAACUGCGGCAGUUCCUGGAGGAACAAGAGCGACUCCUGCUGGCCCAGCUGGAGAAGCUGGACAAGGAGAUUGGGAAGAUACAGAAUGAAAAUAUCACUAAAUUCUCUGAGCAGAUUUCCCGUCUCAGUGAGCUGAUAAGUGAACUGGAGAGGAAGUGUCAGAAGCCAGCAAGUGAAUUCCUGCAGGAUUUCAAAAGCACCUUGAGCAGGUGUGAGAAGGGGAAGUUCCAGCAGCCAGUGGAGAUUUCUCCUGAGCUGGAAAAGAGACUAAAUGAUUUUGCCCAGAAAAAUAUUGCUGUAAUGGAGACUCUGAGGAAAUUCAAAGAUGUGCUGCCCUCUGAAGUAGAGACAAGAAGAGGGAAAUCCCUGGGAUCAUACAGACUAGUGAAUGUGACUCUGGAUCCAGACACGGCUCAUCCCCAGCUCAUCCUGUCUGAGGAUCGGAAAAGUGUGAGAUGGGAAGACACACGACAGGAUCUGCCCCACAAUCCUGAGAGAUUUGACACUGAGAUUUGUGUGCUGGGGUGUGAGGGAUUCACCUCAGGGAGACAUUGCUGGGGGGUGGAGUGUCCUGGCUUCCUGCAGACUUUCUACCCAUGGAGGCUCCGUGGGGUGUCUGACCCGUCAGACCAUAGAGAGCAGGGGGUGAUUGAGGUAGAGAAGCCAAUGAAUUUUUCAGCCUGUUUGUCACUGUCUUCUGUGGCGCAGGAGGUCAGACAGUGGCACUGAGGCAUGAUGGGAACAGCCCACUGAGAAUAAAAAAUGGGCUUCUCUAGGCUAAGUCAUCCUAGUGGCUGUGAUCAUGGAGGACUCUCAUCUACCUACCCCCAGCUCAUCUCUUUGACCCUGGAGAACACCUGUCCCCAACCACCAAUACCUCAUCUGUAUGACACUCCUGCCCCCUCCCUCCCAGCAGCCCGAGGAAUGGGAAAGGGUAGAGAUUGAAGGAACUCCUGGAGCAGCCGGAGGAGCAGGUGGACCCUGAGGUCCAGAUGUGAACUGAUGGAGGGUCAGGGACAGAAGUGCUCUGGGGUCUGGGGAUGUAAUUACCAGUUGGGCUGGGGGACAGGCAGAUGUGGGGGGCGGCAGGGAAACCAAACUAAUUAAUUGGGAUAUGGGAGGUUUGGAGAGAAGCUAGAGGCUCUGUACCAGCAGGGAGCCUGGGAGAUGGAGACCCAGAGACUGGCGAGUGUGACAUCCAGGCCAUCAGGGAAGGGAUGCUAUGUUGAAGAGGAGCUGCUGGGAGGUGGGGCGGGGGCGGAAGAAUGUU